CGCGCACGGCGCGAGGCGGGGCUUCCCUUGGGUUCUCCGCUCUCGAGACGGGUCUCGGCGGGUUCUCCUCGCGUGAUUUGAAAGAAUCGAGUUUGACUUUAGAAAAAAAAAAACAUAAUAAUACAAUCCGCGCAAUAAUCCAUAAUAAUACAAUCCGCGCAAUAAUCCAUAAUAAUACAAUCCGCGCAAUAAUCCCGCGUCGCGUUGAGUUGCACCGCGGACAGCCGGCAAUGAAGCUGACGGAUAACGUGCUGCGGAGUUUCCGCGUAGCCAAGGUCUUCAGGGAGAACUCGGAGAAAAUCAACUGUUUUGAUUUCAGCUCGAACGGGGAGACGGUGAUUUCCAGCAGCGACGAUGACUCGAUCGUCCUGUACGACUGCCAGGAGGGGAAGCCAAAGCGUACUCUGUACAGUAAGAAGUACGGCGUGGACCUGAUCAGAUACACGCAUGCAGCCAACACUGUGGUCUACAGCUCAAACAAAGUGGACGACACCAUUCGGUAUCUGUCACUUCAUGAUAACAAGUAUAUUCGCUACUUCCCGGGACACAGUAAGAGAGUGGUGGCCUUGUCCAUGUCUCCUGUGGAUGACACCUUCAUAACCGGGUCCCUGGAUAAAACCAUCCGCCUCUGGGACCUGCGCUCCCCAAACUGUCAGGGCUUGAUGCACCUGCAGGGGAAACCUGUCUGUUCCUUUGACCCUGAGGGACUCAUCUUCGCAGCUGGUGUGAACUCUGAGAUUGUGACGCUGUAUGACCUGCGGUCAUUCGACAAGGGUCCCUUUGCUACCUUCAAGAUGCUGCACGACAGGACGUGCGAGUGGACCGGGCUCAAGUUCAGUAACGACGGGAAGCUGAUCCUGGUCUCCACCAACGGGGGCACCCUGCGACUCCUCGAUGCAUUCAAGGGGGUUGUGCUGCACUCCUUCGUGGGCUACAAUAACAGUAAAGGUGUGACGUUGGAGGCUUCAUUCACUCCGGACUCCCAGUUUAUCAUGAUCGGCUCCGAGGACGGGAAGGUCCACGUGUGGAGUGCGGAGAGCGGAAUGAAGGUGGCCGUGCUGGAUGGGAAGCACACCGGCCCUGUCACCUGUCUGCAGUUCAACCCCAAAUUCAUGACCUUCGCCAGCGGCUGCUCAAACAUGGCUUUUUGGUUGCCCACAAUAGAUGACUGACGUGGAAGCUGCAGUGCUGCCUCAUAGACUCUUCUCUGUAAAUAGGAUAUUUUUUUAUUUGAUGGAAGAAUCUGCACGGAUCUCUGUUUUCCUGGGAGCCGGGGCCAGUGGAGGCAGAGUGUAUUUGGCUUGCCCUUGUCUCAAGCUACACAGGGCUGCCUUUCUGGGCUUCGUUGUAUUUCGUUUAACCUUGGCAUUCUGACCUGGACGACUGAAGGCAGCAGAGCAGCUGUUGAAAUGCUCCCCGUUGGUCUAACCUGUAGAGGGGGGGCUUCUCUCAUUCAGCUGUAAAUAAAAUGGUCAGGAGUUCGGGGAGAGGGGCGGGUGGGGGAGGGAUUUAUGUUUUAUUAUGUAACUAUUAAAAUAAGUGUUCCUUUUUCUAAACAUCUGUCGUGUUGGCGGUGUUGCGUGCGUCGCUCUUACCAUGCACUGCUUCACUGCAACUAAAGCUAAUCAUAGUCCUCAUCGUCAUAAUAAGAGGCAGCCUGCAUUUUCUAUCUGGCAAACUGCUCAACUGUGGAGCCCUUUGGGUUUUUUUUGCUAUGAUGCUUUCAUCAGUUGUGUUUUGCAAAAUAGUCCAGCCUGCAUCCGAGAGUUUACUGACUGCAACUACCAAAUGUACAGAAAAUGACUAUCUGGAAACUCUUUGCCCAGCACUGCAUUGUGUACAUUACGUCUGUCUUCGCUGGCAUGAAAAAGCCCUUAAUUCCAGCAGAUAUCAUAUAUGAUGCUGAAGUAAUGGGGCCUUGCAGCUUUGGCUGUUUCUCUUAAGUUGCUGAAAUUCACUGUCAGAGUACUGGGUAUUUUAAAAACAAGUCAAGGGUGAUUUGAAACACACACGGUUUGAGGUGCCAGCAAGGACCAGGUUUAAAACCACUAUUGCAGCUCGUUUACCAUUACUUGUGUGCUGGACUGGAGGCUUGCUUGUCUUGAUGCACUUUGCUCUGUAAGAAGUGGGUAUGUUGUGGGCUGCUGAAGUAUCGAGUCACUUGCAGACUGAAUUGAUAUGAAGACCUUCACUGUUUUGGGGCACUGCUGCUCCAUGGUCCUGUAAUGGGUUAGCUACUGUACAAUAGGCAGUUUGUUUCUAGAAGGGCACACAGAAUUCAGCUCAGAUGAAGAGUCAUUGUACAUAGAUAAUGAAAUUCUGUUACACAGUGCAUGCAAACAUCAAAUUAUUUAAAACUGUUCUUUUAAUCCUGGUAUCUCCCAAUGGCUUCCCAGGGCUUCAUUUUACACUGUGGGCAAAAUGCCCGAGCCACUUAUUAACCAGAGUGGGCAGUUAGCCUACAUUUUGCCCACAGUGAACAGUCCUGUGUUGCCUCUUUCAGCUGAUGUUUCUGUGACACAUUCAGUAACCACGUACAUACAGUAGUAAAAUGUUCUUAUUUUAGCUGCAUUACUUCUUACAUUCCAUAUUCUAUAAAUAACUCGAAGGUAA